AUGGUGACUAUAUGGAAAGAAGAUAUGUUUGAAGAAAUUCUUAGUUUCAGAGGGGUUGGUUUCCUGGGAGUUAAAUUGAGUUGCAGAGGGAAUUGUUUUUAUGUGGUUAAUGUGUAUUCUCCUUGCUCUCUUCAAGAUAAAAGAACUUUAUGGGAGUCUCUGUUGGAGAAGAAGGCGAUAUUUGCGGAUGCUGAAUGGGUCUUGGCUGGGGAUUUCAACUCGGUUAGAAACAAAACCGAAAGGAAAGGAAAAAUGUCGGGAGGUAAGAAUUCUGAGACGAAGAGUUUUAACAAUUUUCUGGAUAGUAUUAACUUGAUUGAUGUUCCUUGUAAAGGCAAGAAAUACAGUUGGUUUAGUGGUGACAAUAAAUCUUUUAGCCGGAUUGAUCGGUUUCUUAUUUCGGGGGACUUGAUUAAUGCUUGGGGAGUAGUCGGGCAAUUUAUAGGCAACAUAGAUAUUUUAGAUCACAGUCCGAUGUGGUUAGUGAUUGACAAAGAAGAUUGGGGCCCAAAACCAUUUAAGUUCAAUAACGGUUGGUUUGAUAACAAAUUUUUUCUUCCUUAUGUAGAAUCUUCUUGGAAGGAUAUUAAAGUUUAUGGCAGGAGUGAUUAUGUGCUGAAGGAGAAGCUUAGAUUAUUGAAGAUUCGGUUACAUGAUUGGAAUGUGGCGGUAUAUGGCAAGAAUGAUUUAGAAAUUAAAGAGGGAGUCAAAGCUAUUAAUGUGGAUGAUGAAUUUGUAGAAUGGUGUGUCGAUGAUCAUCGUGUUGAGGAGGUUGUUCGAAGGCGAAGCUCCGCAACUUGUAAGCUCUGGAAUGAUAUGAGGAUUAAGGACAACUUGUUAUUUCAAAAUUCUAGGCUAAAGUGGGAUUUGGAUGGUGAUGCAAACACUAAGUUUUUUCACAGUGUGAUGAAAGAGAGGAGGAGAUUGAAUCACAUUGGUUCAAUUUCUACCGACAGCGGAUUUUUGGCGAAAGUUGGGGAGGUGAAGGAUGGAUUUUGGUCUCACUUUUCAAGCAAGUUUGUGGAAGAAUACAUUGGCAUACCUACUUUGGAUGGCUUAGUUUUUAAAAAGUUAAAUGGUUCUCAAGUUUCUUCCCUGGAGGCUUCUUUUUUAGAAACAGAGAUUAGGGAUGCUGUUUGGAGCUGCGAUGGCUCCAAGAGCCCCGGACCCGACGACUUUAACUUCCUCUUUUUAAGAAAAUGCUGGCUUUUCAUCAAGGAAGACUUCAUUAUGUUUGUCAAUGAUUUUCACAGGUUUGCAACUUUAUCUAAGUCUAUUACAUCCUCUUUCUUAUCGCUUAUUCCGAAGAAAGAGAAUCCGUUGUUGUUAGACUAUUACCGCCCAAUAUUCUUGGUGGGCUAUCUUCAUAAACUUAUUUCUAAGUUAUUGGCUGCAAGGCUAAAAAAGGUUCUUAAAGAUAUUGUGUCGGAUUGUUAG